AUUCCAUUUUUCAGAGAAGGGUGGGCUACAUGUCCAUCAGGGCAUUUCCUGAAUGGUUUCCACAGAGGAAGAAGUCAUCAGUUAAAAAGUAUCCAGUGGGCGCAGUGUUGUGAACCUGCACUACAGCCCUACUGGUACAAAGCAAAGAUCAAGAUGUUGGUGCAGGUCAUACAUGGAAAUGCAACGAUGAGGGAUUCUAUACUGGUGUUGUUAAUGCUUACUUCAUGCGAUGCAAUGAAUUUGCAUCGCAUGUCUCAACCUCUUCCCGUGCUAAUAAUGGCUAGAGCCUCGACUCCGCUUUUCCUUGUAGAAGUCCUAACACUGAAGUCGGGAGAUGAAGUAAAGACGAGAACUAUGGAUUUGACGCUCGAUAACUUGGGUCUUUUGGCGUUUUACUUGGGAUACGGUUGGUCAAAAGAAUGCAGAGGUCAGCAUAAUGGCCAAGAUUUUAUAAGAGAUGGUGACAGCUGGAGGUCCCAUUAUCAAAACGGAUGCAGUGGAGAGAAGGCAAAAGAACGUCUGAAGAUCUUCUACGAGAACUUUUCUUUUAAAGUAAAGAAUAUUGACUACGGGAAGCCAGAAAUUCAGUCAAUAAAGCCUAUUGUACAGGAUGUCGGAGAGAUCAACAACAUGGAUUCGACUCCAACCCAAACGAGUAUUUCACGAGAAAUAAAGUCUGUUCGCACCGUCACCCAUUCCUCUACCACCAGGUUUAAAUCCACUUUCGGAGCUUCAGUGACGCUCGGUUACACGUCUCCCGGCAUUUUCGGCUUAGCUGCUGGAACUUUCAAAGCGUCCAUCACCUUGUCUGGAGGAAGCGAGAGUGCUGGAUUGAACACAGAUGAAGACGGGAAGAUCAAGUGGGACAUCGUUAAAGUGAAAGAAACGCAAACAACAGAUGCCGAUUCUGGGUCACCAUACCAGAUGAUAACUUCCAACAAGCAAGUCAAUGUACCUUACAAAGCCACCAUUUAAGUCCAGUUCAAGGUUAAAUUUGAAGGCUUCCUGAAA